GCUCCCGGGGGGGUUUGUGAUGUAUGGCCAAUAUACCACGGCUAAGGGCUGCGCCCAGGCACUCUGCAUUGCAUAAAAACAGCCCUUAGCCGUAGUAUAUUGGCCAUCUACCACACCUCCUCCAGACUUAUUGCAUAAGUGACACACAAUGGAGGUGCCUCUAGCACUGAAUUACCACGUGAUUGUAAAUUGUGAGCUUAUUAGUCCAUUUGAAGUAAUUGUUUGUUCGCUCUGAUUGGUUGUAGGUGUUAUGAUACUGAUGGUUUGUUGAGACUAAUUGUUUGUAUGGUUGUGGCUAGUGGAUGGCUACCAGUACAGCUCCAUCUAGUAGUGGCUUCGGGGAUAAUAGUUGUUGCCAACUGUAGCUUUACAAAAAAACGUAACCAGGCAAGUCAGUUAAGAACAAAUUCUUAUUUACAAUUGUGCGCAGCCCUAUGCGACUCCAAAUCACGGAAGAGGUGUGAUAUAGCCUGGAUUCGAACCAAUUAUCACAUGCUGCUAAGUAAAGUCAUGUCUGUCCGUAGCUGGGUUAGGCUUAGCUAAAAUGCUGCAGUUGUCAACAAACCAUCAGUAUCACCGCACAAGUAUGACGAGAAUGCACCUCCACCUAUUAUUUACUAUGGCUGUGCGUUUUCCAGAGGCAGAGGGGAAGUGUUGCACAGCGAUUGUGUUUGAACCAAAAUUUCAGUGUCACAGUUGAGUUGACAAUCCUUUUUGCAGUCUCUGUUUUGAGUGUAUGCCUAACUGGUGGCUGUGUGAAUUUGGAGACAGAUAUGCUAGCCAUUUUCUUUUUAUCAUUGCGUCUGAAAAAAAAAAUCCACGGGUUGUUGAGGAGGCAUGUUCUGAUGGAACCGUUACAGUUUCAAUAAACCAUGCAUCGAUAUGUCGCCCUUCUCCUAUACGAAGUGUAGGCUAUAGCAGUAGAAUAAACACCCAUAUAAUACAGACAUAGUAAAAUCACUGAAGUUUCCUGGCGGUCAAUUGUCUGCACGUUGGUUUCAUAUGCUCAGAAUACUAGCCGAGCACACCCUGGAAUACAACAAAAAUAGGCUGAUCCUCAUCUCUGACGUGUUUACUAAUCUAUGGACAAUGUAAAUAACCACAUAGGAUAUAUUUUUUAGAAAGUGUCAGGCUAAUUAAUAUCCCUGAGAAUAUUAUCAGGCUGCAAGUUUUAGGACUCCCUAUUAGUCUAAAUGUGAUUCAUGCAUUGAUAGCCUGCUUGAUAACUUUAUAAUAACACAUUAUUUAACUGUACAACUAACGUAAAAUAAUAGAGCGUUUGAAAAUGCGUUGAAUGCCUUUUGAAGAUGCUUUGAAUAUUCUUGUUGGCAAAGAAUAAAUAUGCUAUACAUUUUUCCAUCUGUUGUAAUAGUAGUGUAUGGGAGUUUAUGUGAAAGUUCCUCCCCUGUUUUGACGCAAAUAAAUAAGCCAGUAGCUUUCAAUGCGGAAAUGUACAUGACUUGCCUCACAGUGACAAUGACAUAAGGAACGUUCCAAGAGGUACACGCGGAACCUAGGCUAAUCAUCGCACUAGAGAUUGGUGCGGCAAGGCGCUCUGCGUUUGUUUAGAAUUGUUGUAUUGAUAUAGUGGCCGCCCACUGCCUGCCAUUUAAAAAGUUAAAUUGACAGCCCUAGCCGCCGCACGGAUGGAGCACCUAUCGAGGUUCGUAGGUCAGAUGUCCUUGAUAGAUGACAGCAGAGCAGAGGGCAUCAUCUCAUCGGAGUAUAGUAAUAUCCGUGAUCGGACUUCCAUCAUCAAGAAAGAUCUUGGCCUUACGACGAAAGCCGGGGCACUGAAGGACAAUGUAAAGAAGAAUCGUUACAAAGACAUUUUACCAUAUGACCAGACCCGUGUUCCCCUAACUCUACUGACGAAUGACAAUGAUUCUGACUAUAUCAACGCCAGCUUCAUUAAAGGUGCAACAGAGACCAGAAAAUACAUAGCGACCCAAGGACCUCUGAGGCACACUUUGGUUGACUUCUGGCAAAUGAUUUGGCAGUAUGAUGUAAAGGUUAUAAUCAUGGCUUGCAGAGAAAUUGAAAUGGGAAAGAAAAAGUGUGAGCGCUAUUGGACAACUGUCAAGGAAAAAAACCCCUUUGGUCCCUUUAUUGUCUCAAAUCUUGAGGAAUCCAACCCAAAUGAAGAAGUAGUCUUAAGGACUCUGACUGUGAGAUACCAGAAUGAAACACGGACUAUCUCUCAAUUCCAAUACACAGCUUGGCCUGAUCAUGACAUUCCAUACACAGCUGGUGGUAUUUUAGAAAUGAUGGAUAUGGCUCGCAAAGCCCAGGGAAACAACACUAGCCCUGUUCUCAUCCACUGCAGAUGGGCUCCUGAGUGGCGCAGAGGUCUAAGGCACUGCAUCUCAAUGCCAGGGGCAUCACUACAUACCCUACAUACCCAUGGUUCAAUCCCGGGGUGUAUCACUACCGGACGUUAUUGGGAGUCCCAUGGGGCGGCGCACAAUUGGCCCAGCAUCGUCUCGGUUUGGCCUGGUGCUGGUUGUGGAAGAACAGGGGUGAUUUGUGCCCUGGAUUAUGUUCAUGAUCUUCUUGUGACAAAGCAAAUCAAAGGAGAUUUCAAUAUCAUGAAGAUUGUAGUGGAACUAAGGAGACAGAGGCCAUCAGCUGUUCAGACAAAGGAGCAGUAUCAGUUUGUGUUUUCUGCCGUGGCUUACAUGUUUGAGAAGGCUUUACGGUCACCUGAGAACAACUACCAGAAUCUCACCAAGAGCAACCAACCUCUCUAUGAUGACGUUGAGUCUGUGAAGACCUCUCCACCGAUAACAUCAGCCAUCGCUCAGCCACUUGAAAAAAGAAAUUCUAGUGUGCAGCCCAGAGCGCCUCAACUGUACCAGCAGAAUAUGGAUGACACCUAUGCUGUGGUCAACAAGUCCAAACAGCUUCCGUCACCAGCCUCUUCCUCAGCUCCUCCGGCCGCUCUCCAUCACUAUGACAACGCAGAGCUCGGCACCCUGAAAUGCCCCGCCACUGCUCUCUACAGCACGGUCAAGCCCAAGAGCAGGUGUCCUCCAGCCAAUCCACCUCCAGCGGCCUCACCCAUAUAUGACACAGCUAGACCAGCCAAUCACAGGCUAGCUGAGGACGUUUUAGGGAAGGAACAGAGUGGCUAUGAACAGGUCACAGCUGAGCGUCAUUCCUCAAUGGACGAUGACUAUGAAUAUGUCUCAAAUCCCAUCAAAGACCUGACCAACAGCUGUACUCCUGGUAGCAUGGGGUUCAACUGUCGUAUAAAGAAACCCAAAGGGCCCCGGGAUACCCCGGCAGAGUGGAGUCAUGUGGAGAGAUGAUACAGCAGCCAUGUACCAGGCCUGGAAAACAGUCUAUUCAACGUUUUACAUGUUUUAGAAGCAGUGGGAAUGGGCUCUUUCAUAGAGGUUUUUAACUUGCUGUGAACACCUCUAUGUGAUCAGAAAAAUCUUUCUUUUGCAACCCGUUUGAGUUGGUAUAUUUUUCAGAUCUUUUGUAUCACUUCUUUAUUUAUUGUGAUUGAUAUUACUGAUGAAAAUAAAUACAUUUUAUGAAACAUC